UCAUUGAUGUAUUUCCGGUCUCGGAAAACCUCAUCUGGAUAGCAAAUUUUACUUUUAUUCACUUCUUGUGUGUUAAGGCCUUCUACACACGCGAAAGAAGAUAAUUCUUCAGAAAUCGGAUGUCUAGUGGUUUGGAACCCACCGCUGGGAGCCUGUCACCGCCGAGUAAGAAGCGAAAGACUUCGGGAACCACGGGGGCCAACUGUACAACCGAGAACACGGUCGCUGCUCAGCCGAACGACGUGGAAAUGGCCAGUGCAAAUGGAGCCAAUGAAGAAGGAAUCGAUGAAGGGCUGUACUCCAGACAGCUGUAUGUACUGGGGCAUGACGCCAUGCGCCGGAUGGGUCAGUCCAAUAUACUGAUCUCAGGCAUGCGAGGACUGGGAGUGGAGAUAGCGAAGAAUGUGGUGUUGGGAGGAGUCAAGUCUGUCACCAUUCAUGACGAGGCAGAGGCAUCUAAAGUGGACCUCUCCUCACAGUUUUUCCUGACGGAAGCCGAUGUCGGCAAGAAUCGUGCCGAGGCAACUCAGCAGCACCUGGCAGAACUGAACAACUAUGUACCCGUGCAGUCGUACACUGGCAAACUGUCGGAGGACUAUAUCAGUAACUUCCAGGUGGUUGUCCUGACAGAGUCCACUUUGGAAGAGCAGGUGAAGCUGGGGGAGUUUUGCCAUACCAAAGGCAUCAAACUGAUCGUUGCCUCUACAAAGGGCCUGUUUGGGCAAAUCUUUUGUGACUUUGGAGAAGAUUUCCUGGUAUCAGAUCCGACAGGAGAGGAGCCAGUGUCCUGCAUGAUCUCAGCUGUUUCCAAGGAAGAAGAUGGCAUUGUGACAACCUUGGAGGAAUCCCGACAUGGACUAGAGACUGGAGAUUUUGUGACCUUUCAGGAAAUACAGGGAAUGACAGAGCUCAACGGAUGUGAAGCCAGAAAAGUUAAAGUCAUGGGUCCGUAUACCUUCAGUAUUGGUGACACCUCUGGUCUCUCAGACUAUGUCCGGGGAGGCAUUGCCAUGCAGGUCAAACAACCCAAAACUCUCAACUUUAAAUCCAUUGGGAAGUCCCUGGCAGACCCAGAGCACCUGAUUACAGACUUUGCCAAGUUUGAUCGUCCAGCUCAGCUGCACUUGGGCUUCCAGGCUCUCCACAAAUAUGUGCAACAGAACAGCACACUUCCCAAGCCCAGGAACCAGGCUGAUGCAGACAAGCUUGUUGCUGUGGCCAAGGAGCUGAACGCUGCGUCCCCGGAUACAGCAAAGGUGGAAGAGGUGGAUGAAAGCCUGCUGAAACAGUUGGCGUUUUCUGCACAGGGUGAUCUCAGCCCCAUGAACGCCUUCAUAGGUGGGAUCACUGCACAAGAGGUCAUGAAGGCCUGCAGUGGAAAAUUUCAUCCUAUCGUCCAGUGGCUGUACUAUGAUGCCCUGGAGUGUCUCCCAGAGGAAAACGCUGACUCUGUCUUAACAGAAGAGUCCUGCAAACCUCAAAACUCCAGAUACGACUCCCAGAUUGCUGUGUUUGGUGCCGACUUCCAGAAGAAACUAGAAUCUCAAAACUACUUCCUUGUUGGAGCUGGAGCUAUUGGCUGUGAAUUGUUGAAGAACUUUGCCAUGAUGGGGCUGUCCUGUGGGGAGGGGGGCAUGGUGACGGUGACAGACAUGGACAUCAUUGAGAAGUCCAACCUCAAUAGGCAAUUCCUCUUCAGAACCUGGGAUGUCGGGAAGUUUAAGUCCGACACGGCUGCUGCUGCUGUGAAGAAGAUGAACCCAAACAUGAACAUCACGGCUCACCAGAACAGGGUCGGGCCAGAAACAGAAAACAUCUACCAUGACGACUUCUUUGAGGCCUUGGACGGAGUUGCCAAUGCCCUGGAUAAUGUAGAUGCCAGAAUGUACCAGGACCGCAGGUGCGUGUACUACCGGAAGCCCCUGCUGGAGUCCGGUACCCUGGGUACCAAGGGAAACGUCCAGGUGGUCCUCCCCCACCUCACUGAGUCCUACAGCUCUUCUCAGGACCCGCCUGAGAAGUCCAUUCCCAUCUGCACACUCAAGAACUUCCCCAAUGCCAUCGAGCACACAUUACAGUGGGCCAGAGAUGAGUUUGAAGGUCUGUUCAAGCAACCUGCAGAAAAUGCCAACCUGUAUAUCACAGAUCCCAAGUUCAUGGAAAGAACUGUCAAGUUGCCAGGCGUGCAGCCGGUGGAAGUUUUAGAAGCUGUGAAACGUGCUCUUGUUGAUGACCGGCCAGCCAAGUUUGAAGAGUGUGUGAAGUGGGCCCGGCUACACUGGCAGCAGCAGUACCACAACCAGAUCAGCCAGCUUCUCUACAACUUCCCUGCUGACCAGUUGACCACUUCUGGAGCUCCGUUCUGGUCUGGACCAAAGCGCUGCCCCCAUCCACUGGUGUUUGAUGUUAACAAUAAAACUCACAUGGACUAUGUCGUGUCUGCUGCUAACCUGCUGGCCCAGUGCUACAGUCUGAAGGGCAGUACUGACAGGAAGCACAUCACAGACCUAAUCAGCAAGAUGACGGUCCCUGAGUUCAAGCCCAGGUCUGGGGUGAAGAUCGACGUGACUGACGCGGAAGCCCAGGCCUCGGCCAGCUCGUGUGACGAUGAUCAGCUGGAGACCGUCAGGAACUCGCUGCCCACUCCUGAGAGCUACAAGGGCUUCCAGAUGUCUCCUUUGGAAUUUGAGAAAGAUGACGACACAAAUUUCCACAUGGACUUCAUCGUGGCUGCCUCCAACCUGCGUGCCGAGAACUAUGACAUCACCCCGGCAGACAGGCACAAGAGCAAGCUGAUCGCUGGGAAAAUCAUCCCUGCCAUCGCUACUACAACUUCACUCAUCACAGGCCUGGUCUGUCUGGAACUGUACAAGGUGGUGAAUGGAUCAAAGAACUUGGAGACUUACAAGAAUGGCUUCAUCAACCUGGCAUUGCCCUUCUUUGGCUUCUCAGAACCGAUAGCUGCUCCUUCAAACAAGUACUAUGAUAAGGAAUUUACCCUGUGGGACCGGUUUGAGGUCCAGGGAGUACAGAAUGGCAACGAGAUGACUCUCAAGGAGUUUAUUGACUACUUCCAGAAUGAGCACAAGCUGGAGAUCACCAUGCUGUCCCAGGGCGUCUCCAUGAUCUACUCCUUCUUCAUGCCCAAGUCCAAACUGGACGAAAGACUCAGUAUGAAAAUGUCUGAAGCUGUGGUGAAGGUGUCCAAGAAGAAGAUCAAGUCCCAUGUGAAGGCCUUAGUCCUGGAGAUCUGCUGUAAUGAUGAGGAGGGGGAGGAUGUGGAGGUGCCCUAUGUCCGCUACACCCUGCGCUGAGCCAACGUGGUCCAGGGGGGUGGUCUGAGGCAGUUUGUCUUGUAGGGGUUAGCAUAGCACAACAACAUUAUUAUCUCCCAAAGUAUGAAUGUAAAAUAAGAGCAGAAACACCAGGCUGAUCUUAAUGAAUACUGUAGUACGGAAAUGUGUACGCUGGAGAUCUGCUGCCUGUGAGUCGUACUGUUGAGAAAUCACGUGUGAUAUCUGCUAAUGCUAGAAGUGGAUGAUUAUAUACUUCGGUGUGGAGAAACAGAGAGAAACAAGUUAUAUGCACCUUUAUUGUUAUAUGCGAGCCCAAAUGGAUUUCAGAAUCUUUCUUAAUGUAACAGAUAUCAAGAAACACUUGUCUUUUGCCAGCAACUCUCCCAUGGAGAACAAAACUUGUACUAGUCUCAGCCGCUAUUUUGUUUGUGUCUGUUGUGAGUUGACAGAUGAUCGCCCUGUAUUGUAUGCAGAUGUCUUGGUGCAAUGAAGCAAAUCACCAUUCCUGUGGUUGUACAUGCUGUCCUACACGAUUCUACACUUCCUUUUGUCUCCAGACUUAGCUUGAAAAGCUCUUCUUGAAACAACUUUCUGUCAGUCAUUUAUAAAAAAUGGAGGGUGGUGUAUUCAGGAGCCACAAGGGGGAAGAAAGGGUUUCCAACUAGAAU